UGCAGAUGAACCGAGUCACUGUAAGUUAGUAGUCUUACAAUCCGAGUAUGUCAUAUCGGGUUGAAGUGCUCCGGGUAAUCAAGAGGCAAUAAAGACGAUUUUAGUUUAAACAUUCGGGCAAUUUUCACAACUUCUGAUCUAACAUCGAAACAAGCGCAAUGAGUUUGAACGAGCACUCGCUUCAAGCUCUUUCAUGGAGAAAACUUUACUUAAGUCGAGCCAAACUCAAAGCGACCAGCCGUACUUCUGCUCUGCUCUCCGGCUUCGCUAUGGUGGCGAUGGUAGAGGUACAGUUGGAAGAAGAUCACAAGUACCCUCCUGGCUUAUUAAUUGCCUUCAGCGCCUGCACAACAGUGCUGGUAGCUGUCCACCUCUUUGCCUUGAUGAUCAGCACCUGCAUCCUGCCCAACCUGGAGGCUGUGAGCAACGUCCACAAUCUUAACUCCAUAAAAGAAUCACCACACGAGCGAAUGCAUUGCCAUAUCGAGCUGGCCUGGGCCUUCUCCACCGUCAUCGGUACACUCCUCUUCCUUGCAGAGGUGGUCCUUCUCUGCUGGGUGAAGUUCCUCCCUCUGAAGAAUAAAAAGACAGGCCCUAAUGAACCUACAGAACCUCCAGGUAUCAGCCCAGGAGAAGCUGCUGCAAUCGCCUCCACCACCAUCAUGGUGCCCUUUGGCUUGGUGUUUAUUGUUUUUGCAGUGCAUUUCUAUCGUUCGCUGGUCAGCCACAAAACAGACCGGCAGUUCCAGGAGUUGGAGGCACUAUCCAACAUCACGCGGCUGCAGAACGAGCUGGAUCACAGGGGGGAGGCCUCCAAUUUGCAAUCCUCUUCAGCACAUUUUGCCUAGUGUAAGCACGUUUGAUGAGCCCUUGUUCUUACACCAAAUAAUUCCUUAAAAGGGCCAUCGUCACCAAUGAUUGGACACAAAGUGGUGGGAAUUAGGAUCCUGCAAUGCAAUGCAAUACAAUACGAUAUCAUCACACUAUUUUGGUCACAGCAUGAUACACAAUGCUGUUCUUUUUGUGUGUGUUUUGUGUUUUAGUACACCAAGUAUUGUGUAUUUAGUUUUUUCAGUUUGACUGCAACAAGAUCAUAGCUUGUUUUCUGCAGACUAAAGUGAACACAAGCUUGAUUUGAACACAGAAUCUGAAAUUUGUGCCACCGUGUUUUACAGUACUUGUGAAACAAUUCGCAUUGUUGUUACAAAUGAAAAGGUAAUUGGCUUGAUAUGGGAAAAUAAUCAUAAUAAUGCUUGGCAUCAGUUUAUUGAUUCAGUUUCAUGACAAAAGAAUGUUAUGUUAUACUGUUUUGAGCAUCCUUCCCUGUGUUUUUAACUGUAUAUUGUGGACUUAACACACAUGAUUCAUUCAAUCUCAGUGCUUUUUAUAGGAUGCUUCCUCCUGGGGAGCACAAGGUGUUUAAAAUUGCAGAAUUCAAAUGAGCAAUCCCUGAAGAAUAACAUGGUUUUUAGAUAUUUUUCUCACUGAGUAGGUAGUUGGCUGAACAUUGCUGGCAGCAUUAUAGCAGCAGCUGUUUGGCUGAAUGUCUUAGUGUCAUUUCAUAAAUUGCACUUUUUAUAUAUAUAUAUAUAUAUAUAUAUAUAUAUAUAUAAUUAUUAUUAUUAUUCUAAUAAAAAAUAUAUAUAUUUUUGGUUUACUGUUAGGACAAACUCCCAAACACCGAGUAAGCAAAGCACAUUUUUCUGUAUUAUGUAAAAAAAAAAAUAGUUUUCAGGUUAAUUGCAUAGGGUACAACAGAGCUAAAGGUCCAAUUGGUCAGAAAAUGUAUCAAGGUAAAAAAAAAUUGAUGGAGCAACAUAAUUUGUCUGAAAAGAAAUAAUAACAGAAGAUUGUUUUGAUUACAAUUCAGUUAAAAAAAAAAAGUGGGUUUUCCCCUCACAUGGGGUAACAGGCCCCUAUGGGAUUUAAAGUGAUAUUGUGUAGAUACCGAGGCAAUAGUUAUUGGGCACAAUUUGUCAACUAAUGCAAAUAGUUUUACGACCGCAAAAAGCUUUUUUUGAGUAACAAAUUAGGAUGAUGCUUACGCAAAAUAAACUUCAGGAAAAAGUCAAACAUUUCCUGUUCAUUUCAAACACAUUUGGUAUUUUAUUACAUCUGAAGUAUUCUAUAAACAAACUGAACUCUAUUGUGAUGGGAUCAAUCAUGUGAGCCCACUUUGAACAUUUUUCAUACAAAUCUAUUCCCCCACUUUAACACCCCCAAUGUGUUUAAUAGGGGCCUUUAGCCCCUGCAACAGGGGGCUUUUAACUCCAAAUACUAUCCUUUCACUUAUUGGACAGUUAUUGACACAUAUAGUCAAAACUCAAAAGAAAUGUGUUAAUUUCAGAGAUUGUCAUAAAUUUGCAACAUUUUAAAAAAAUAAUAAAAAUGAGAUCAAAUUGCCUCAAAAUCAGCCCGUAGACACUACACGCAAAGAUCUCAUGGAUGAGGAGAAUUUUCCAGUGUAUAGUGACAAACAAGUGUUUAUGAAAGUGCUGUGGUAGUUUUUGUUGCUAUUUAGCAUUUUGGGAGAAAGAAAAUCAAUAGAGCAUUUUACCCUACAGAGCCUUUAGCCCUGUUGUACCUUAUGUGUCCAAAAAAAAAUACAAAAUUAGUCUAAAUAUUUUUUCAACACUGUGCAAUUAAUUUGAAAGUGUGUCGACAUGUCUUGAAGUUGAAAUAUUGUUACCAUGGCAAUGACCUACAUUUUUAUACUUAAUGCUUUUUAUCUUAAAUGUAUUUUGCAAUAGAGAUAUUCUGAAGCCUCGUGUUUCUUUUAUCCCCUGUGAUCGGAAAACCAAAACCAAAAUACAUUAAGACCUGUCUUAAAGAAUGAAUCUUUACAAAUGACAAUAGUACUGAAUAUAUCUUAUAUCUUGUGCUGUUACUAUAGUUGCUUAAUAAUGUUUAUUUUUGUAUUUCAAACUGUGCAUUGAAUGAUACAGAAGUAUAUUUUUGAUUAGUCUUGUACAAGUCUUUUUAUGGUCUUAAAAUAAGUAACUGACUUAACGUAAAUAACCGAUCAAACAAAACUGUAUAUAAUAUACAGGCCUGUACGAUAAAUGUAAUAAUAAUAAUAAAAAAAGGUCAGAACACUGGAAUAUGUUCACAAUUCACAAAGACUUUGUUUUCUAAUACAUUUGAUGGUUUUAAACUUGAAAUCUGUCACUAUAAACUUGACAAAAAAUGAUGGUUGAGAAGAUUGGCUCAUUAAUAAGCAAUACACAAUUAACAAAAACGAAAUACACACAACAAAUUGCUAAAGAUACAAUGCACAAUUUAUGAAAGUGGAACUUACUGAGGAGCUACCUCUGUGGUUUGCAUCUGUAAAAGUCCAUGUCCUUUGGUGGGAAUGCAAAUAUUCCAAAAAUUAGUUUAUUGUGUAUUGGAAUUUCAGAGCAACCUAGCCAAAAUCAAUGGAGAUUUAGAGUCAUUUUUCCUGAUUUUAUUAGAUGUCAUCUGGGAAAGUAUUCAAGGUUAAUCCAAACUUCUAUGUCCUUGUCAGUUAGGCCUAUACUUGUCAAAUAGAAUGCAAGGAUUUACAAAAUAAAAAUGUACA